AUGAUUGGGAGGGGAUUGGGUCACCUGAAUCACAUGAUAUGGAGGGGAUCGGAACACCUGAAUCACAUGAUUGGGAGGGGAUCGGAACACCUGAAUCACAUGAUAUGGAGGGGAUUGGAACACCUGAAUCACAUGAUAUGGAGGGGGAACACCUGAUUGGAACACCUGAAUCACAUGAUAUGGAGGGGAUUGGAACACCUGAAUCACAUGAUAUGGAGGGGAUUGGAACACCUGAAUCACAUGAUUUGGAGGGGAUUGGGUCACCUGAAUCACAUGAUAUGGAGGGGAUCGGAACACCUGAAUCACAUGAUAUGGAGGGGAUCGGAACACCUGAAUCACAUGAUUGGGAGGGGAUUGGAACACCUGAAUCACAUGAUAUAGAGGGGAUUGGAACACCUGAAUCACAUGAUAUGGAGGGGAUUGGAACACCUGAAUCACAUGAUUUGGAGGGGGGGGCAAUA